GCAGUUUUCCUGGUGAAGCAAAUUUAUUUACUUUAUUUUUCUCUGCAUCCACAAAACAAAAUAAAAAACAAAACAAAGCAGAAAUAUGGCUACUGUUUCUCUUAUCAAUUCCUUAACAUUAUUGUCCCUUCGCCGCGGCCGAUCACGCCUCACUCCCAACUAUUACUGCAGGAGGAAGCCUACGACCAAAACUUGGAAACUUUUUUGUACUUGCUCUGUCUCUGCUGUGGUCUGCAAAUCAGUUUCUGUGAAGCCACAGAGAGAAGAUGAUGAGGGUCUUAACAUUGCUGAAGAUGUUACUGAGCUAAUUGGGAAAACUCCAAUGGUGUACCUUAAUAAUAUUGUAACGGGUUGUGUUGCAAACAUCGCUGCCAAGCUUGAGAUUAUGGAGCCAUGUCACAGUGUCAAGGACAGGAUAGCUUAUAGUAUGAUAACUGAUGCGGAAGAAAGGGGACUUAUCAAGCCUGGAAAGACUACUCUGGUGGAAUCUACCAGCGGAAACACGGGGAUUGCUCUUGCACUUAUAGCUGCAUUAAAAGGAUACAAACUCAUAUUGACAAUGCCAGCUUCAAUGAGUUUCGAAAGAAGAGUUAUAAUGAAAGCAUUUGGGGCUGAGCUUGUUUUAACUGAUUCAUCAAAGGAUAUUAUAGGAGCCGUUGAGAAAGCUGAAGAAAUAUUUAAGGCCACACCCAACGCACAUAUUCUUCAUCAAGCUGACAACCCUGCCAACCCUAAGAUACACUACGAGACAACUGGUCCGGAGAUAUGGAAAGAUACAAGAGGCAAGGUGGAUAUAUUUGUUGCAGGAGUUGGUACUGGAGGAACCAUUUCUGGGGUUGGCAAAUUUCUUAAACAGCAGAGUCCUAAAAUAAAGGUUAUUGGUGUAGAACCCGCAGAAAGCAACUUGAUAUCUGGUGGAAAACAUGUUAUUUUUAUUGUUGAAACAGGUCCUCACAAGAUUCAAGGGAUUGGACCUGGAUUUAUACCCAGGACUUUGAACCGAGAUGUAGUUGAUGAAAUCAUAGAGAUGCCCAGUGAUGAAGCUAUUGAAACUGCAAAGCAAUUAGCACUUCAGGAAGGCUUGUUGGUUGGCAUUUCUUCUGGAGCGGCAGCUGCUGCAGCGUUAAGGGUAGGAAAGAGGCCUGAAAAUGCAGGAAAGCUAAUUGUAGUACUAUUUCCAAGCUUUGGUGAAAGAUACCUUUCCUCAGAACUUUUUCAGUCACUUCGAGAAGAAUGCGAGAAGAUGCAACCCGAGCCAUGAAAUUCUUUUUUCUCUGCGCCUAAAAUAAUUACAAUAAUGUAAACCAUGGUUCAAGGUGUGCUACGGUGAUGCUGAUGAUUCCUACAAAAAGAGAAAGGUCUAAUUGCUUCCAUGGUUCAAAAAUUAUAGUUUUUGAACAUGGAAGCACCUAUUUAAGCGAAGAGCCUCCAUUUUGUUAGCUUUAUUGACAUGACAUAACAUAAUCAAUAAAGUUUGUUGUUAGUUUUGACUCUGAGACAUAACAUGUGUUGAAACAAAGCUUACUAUAUGGCCAACUCCUACUACAAGUUGGCCAUUCAUUUGGGCCAAUUCAAAGUAUGUACUAUAUAUGAGAAUAACAUUACCUAGCAUCGGCCAUUUUGGAUUUUUCUUUGCCAACAGGCCACUCUCCUCAUGCCAUUCAGUUUUGCUAAUUCAGAAUAGACUGAAAAUGGUUGUGUAAAAA